AUGCACUUCAUCAUCCCCAUCAUCGUUUUCGUCACCGCCAACAUCUGGGGGCUGUACAGCAGCAUCCCAUUCACCAACAUCGACCCUGCCCGCUCGAUCUGGGACCGCGCCUUGGGAGGAGUGCAGCUGGCCAGCACCGUCUAUACGCUGGACCAGAUUCCCCGCCUCCUCGACGAAGAAGCCAUCACACACCACCUCUUCAAAGAGUAUCUGGAUGGCUGGAAUGCCACCGUGGUGUCCGAAACGGAGUCAGCAAUGACGCUCAGUGCUGGUCACCCACCAUUGACAGUUCCGUUGACCGUUCCUCCCGGCUUUCUUCCCUUGCCAACUUUGUCGACAGACGUGCCGGUCGGCCUGCCCGGGCCAGAUUCAACACAACACCUACCUGUCGACAGCCUGUUCCAGAUCCUGCUGUUCGUGAUCUUCGCCCUGGUCGUCGGGCUGAUGGUCAAGCAAAACGACCGAAACAGACGACUGACAAGCAUCCUCGAAGAGAUCGGCCGGGUCCAACAGUACCAGGAGACCGCCUGGAAGGGGAUCUACGAAAACCACUCCAGCCUCGCCUUCUUGGUGUCGGUUGCGCAGGAUUUGCGCACCGCUCCGGCAGCACAUCAUGCGCCGGCCGAGGUGGACACCCAAGAAAACUCCCACGACAGUGAAGGGAGCACUUCGUCCUCCGAUGCAAGCAGCGCGGUCGUCAUUCAGACCCUGCAAGAUGUGUUGGCCAGCCUGGACACGCUGCGCCGCAACGUCGACCGGAGCACGGAUGUGUGGGAGGGGCUGUCCGAGAGGUUGGAGGUUUUCCAAUCGGAUUCGCAAGAUACACGGCCGACUGAUUCCAGCGGCGAUGACCCGAGUGGAUCCCCGGAUGGUGGUCUGGUGCAGGACGGGCGAAGCAGAUGCGCGCGGUGA